AGGAUCGAAUUGCUAUUAACCUGGGUUCAACAAUGGAGAAAAUGCAGGUUUAUGAUAAUGCAGAGAAGAAAUGGAGGGAAAAAAGUGUUGAAGGAGAUGAUGGUUUGAGGACUGCAGAGUGUUUGAGAGGAAGAUUGCUUGCAGAGAGAACAGCUUCAAGGGCUGCAAAAGAAGAAGCAGAGCUAAUGAGUAACAAAUUGAUAGAGUUAGAGAAACACAUAAAGGCAGAGAUAGAGGCCAAGAACAGAGCCGAAAAGAAGCUGAAAUUCCUAACGAAAAAACUCAAAUCCCUAAAACUUGUUCCUAUUAAAGACCAGUUGAGUUCAUCAGAAACCUCAUCAGAACUCAAAGACCCAGAAGAAGGAAAAUCCGAUCCUGAAUUUGCAGGCUCCAUCAAAUGUGACAGAGAAGAUGAGACAAGGGAGAGAAAAGAAGCAUUAACUUCCGCAGAUCCCAGCCAUGAUGAUUCAGUCACUGGUGCAUCCAAUGCAAGCCAAAUGGAUUGGAGCGAAGGAAGUUCGGGUUCAGUGAUCACAGAUGAUCUUCGUCUCAGAGAAUCCUCCAAAGAAUCAGAGAGUGGAGAGAGCGAUCCAGCCGAUGAUGUGGAUAACUCACUGGCAAUAGUUCCGGUAAGCAUACCAACAGAUCCGAAGCAGUCAAGGGAACCACAACCACCUCAGAUCAUCAACAGCGACAGUGUUAGGGAAGUUCUUGCUGCUCUGAGACAUGCGAGAGAGAAGCUUCACAGCUACAUAGGAACAAGGGAUGGUAAUCAAGGCUUCCAGUGUUGCUCAGUUGAGCUGUGCGGUAGAGUGUAAUACAAGAAUAGAAGACAAUCUCUUGCUUCAACGGAUCUAAACCUGCACUCCCAACCCAUUAUCCGGUUUCCGGGUCAGAUUCAUAGCAAAACCCCUUCGUCAAAGAAAGG